AUGUCAUUUGCUGCCUUCACAGGACUAUGCACUAUUUUAAAAGAAAAUUAUGGAUUACAACCUUCGAUGAAUGUAAGUGUUGAAGAGAGUACCGCUAUGUUUCUACGAGUGUGCGGACACAAUGAAGCUCAGCGAGAUGUUGGCUUACGAUUUGGACGAAACCAGGAAACUGUGAAAAGAAAAUUUGGUGAAGUGUUGCAAGCUAUAGAACUUCUAGCGGCAGAUUACAUCAAGACACCAACAACACAACAAUUACACCGGAUUCCACAGCGUCAACAAGCUGAUAGACGAUAUUGGCCAUAUUUCAGUGCUUUUGUUGGAGCUAUGGACGAAACUCAUGUGUGUGUUAAAGUAAAGCCUGAGCUACAAGUCAUGUAUUGGAACAGACACGAUUAUGCAAGCAUCAACGUAAUGGCAAUUUGUGAUAUGAAUAUGCUAUUCACAUACAUAUGGAAUGGAGCACCGGGUUCAUGUCAUGAUACAGCUGUCCUUUCACUUGCACAAAUUGGCGAUUCUGAAUUUCCAUUACCACCUACAGACAAGUAUUAUGUAGUUGACUCAUGGUAUCCUAAUAAGCAAGGAUUUUUAGCUCCUUAUAGGUCAACACGAAAUAAAGUUGUGAGAUAUCACAUGUCACUGUUCUAUAUUGGUCCCCCUCCGAGAGAUAAGGAAGAAUUGUUUAAUAGGCCUCAUGCAUCUCUUCGAUCUAUCAUUGAACGCACUUUUGGGGCGUGGAAGAAGAAAUGGAGAAUUUUAACCGAUUUUCCGAGAUAUGAUAUGGAUAUCCAAAAGAGAGUAAUUAUUGCAAUAAUGGGUCUUCAUAAUUUUAUUAGAGUUUCAAAUUUUACAGAUGCAUAUUUUGUGGAAGAUUUUACAGAAACUCAAACUGAGGAUCAAGACAAUGCAUCUUAUGAGCUUGAUGAAGCAGAUAAUGCAGAUGGACAACACAUGGCGAACAUUCGAGAAACUAUCGCAACUAUGUUAUAG